UUACCCUACCGUACCAGAGUGAAGUGACUUACGGCCCGAUUCGAAGAAUGAGCUACGAUAACGAUAAUUUCUGGCCGCGUAGCCAACGUUACAAUCGUUCCUGCUCCGUGGCGAACGAUAGGCACGUUGACUACGCGGGCUGGUUUAGAUAAGUUCGCAUUUAGAUAUCGUUUGUAUGUCGUAUAAUUGACAGAAGCAGCUCGAUUCGGGCAACCAAUGUCACUUUGACGUUAGAAAUAUCGUAGAUAGAUCUUAUUGGGAUCACAGUGAAAUCGAAAUAAACGUCAAUUUUGACAUGUCGUUUAGUUAUCGAUCUUUUAAAGUUCAGUAAUCUUAAACGUGUCUUAAUCAUUCUUCGAAUCGGGCCGCUUCACGCGAGCAGGGGAGAUUGGCAGUGGCGGAUAAUCCUUGUGUAUAAAAAAUCCUUGCUCAUACCUCGGCCGCUGAUGGCGUAGGCAUGCUACGAUGGGUCCCGGCUACUGUUGUGGCUGGUACGCAUAGUUGUGUUUACGCUGUAUACGCUGUAUUAAAACAAAAGUGGAGGAACCGCACGAAAUUACCUUUUCAUACAGACAUAGUCCUCAUUUUCCUCUCUAGAUAUUCACACUAUUGAAAAUAUUUUAACACAAUUUGUUGUACAUCAACCACAGCUAUGCCCCUAUUUAUUUUAUUUUAAUUCGAAUUUUUAAUUAUUAUAACAGCUAGGAGCAUUUUAAAAUUUUUAUGUAAUCUGUUACUAAUCCUCUCCUAAUUUUUACAAUAAUCAAAAAAUCGAAAAUAGUUAAACGUAGGGGCAUAGCUAUGGUCAAUCUUCAUCAAAUUAUGAAAAUAUAUUUUCCAUAACGUCAAUAACCAGAUAGGAAAAUGGGGACAACGUUUGUACGAAAACACGCGUGCGGCACAGCCCCGCACACUGGUGGGAUCCCGCCUUUACUCUAUAAAUAAUAAAUUAGUUUUACACCUAUUAUUCCUUGCCUCAGACUUGAACUGUACACUAACGCCGCACUUCUCUUACCGUAUUCUCAUUAAACUUAGAGGUUUGAGUUAUGCUGUAAGUGGAAACGCAUAUUUCGCAGUGCACAAAACCAAUAAAAGAGAUUAAAUACGUCGUCGGGCUAAGUGAAUUACUUGCAAUUUGUCAUGUAGCGAAACUGGUAAAGCAAUCUAACGUAUUAGUUCCAUUCUGGUACAUAAAGUUGUUCGGAAUAUUAAUGUUUGCGGAGUGAAGCAGCAUAUCUUCAGCCCCUUAGAUGACGACGUCACGUUGAUAUUGUAGUCGGCUCCGUAAUGUAGUCUCGUUAAUACUUAAUCCUUUUCUUACCACUUUGAAUAGGAACGUUGAGGAUAAUGGGAGUUUUUUUACACUUUAAUCAACAUCUGUUAGAAUAUGUAUUAUAGGUAUAUUAUUAUAAUUAUAACAAAACAUCGGUUCGGUUUAUUGUACGAGGUCAUAACAUAAUGUUGAGCAAAGUAUACGGAUAAAUACUACACGUUUCUGGUUGAACAAUAAAACACGAGGGUCUUGCGCAUGGCGGCUCACGACUCGGGACUGUUCAAAUUUAUUUUUAUUCAAUAUAGAUUGAAUUUAUUUAAUAUGUGCAUGUGAAUAUUGUGUUUAGUUUCACUUUUAUUUUGAACGUAAACUGGGUCUCGGCAUGAUACUAGUGCUGUGUGUUCAAAAGAGGGAAUCGUUCCGUUGACUUCUAAUACAAUGCACACAUUUAGCAAGUUUAGUUAAUUUGUUGUUUUACCUUUGUAAGUUAUCAUUUAAUUAGCUUUUGUUAGUGUUCGUUUUGUAAUUCAUAUGCAAAUAUUUGGUGUAAUAGUAGGAAUAAAAUAAGCAUCGCAAUUUUGGAGAUUUUCUGACAGCACGACAGUAUAUUACUUAAACUCUUUAUUAAAAAACCGGCCAAGUGCGUGUAAUACCACGCGUAAUGGAGGGUUCCGUACCUUCAUACAAUAGAAAAAAAAACUAAAAUCCGAACCGAAUACAAUCACUUAUUGUAGCAUAUUACCACGGCACGGCUAUCCUCUGAAUAUUUCUGUGAAUAUAUGUACAUAUAAUGAACAGUAAAGGACCCAGUAUCGAGCCUUGAGGUAUACCACGAGAAGAUAAAUGUAGAACUUCUUUCAGGUUUUGAGGCUGUAAUUUCAUUGUAUUACCGAUAUAAAGAGUAUAGAUCUGCUGACCAAAUUCAUCAUCUCUACUUAUAGGUAUUGUAACUGCGUUAGUAACUCUGUUAGCUAUUUACGCUUUAACCGUAGAACUGAUUUAAAUGAAAUGGUAUGGCGAUAGUUUGAGAACCGGGAAGGGCAUAGGAUAGUUUUUUAUCAAUCAUCAUCAUCAUUACUCCAUGCAGACGAAGUUUCGGGCAGAAACUAGUCUACCUAUAUACUCGUAUCAUGCUUGUUGAAUCUUUUGGCCUAACUUUGGCACUGUCGUUUAAUAUAUAUAUACAUAACUUUUUGAUUUUGAUAAAAAAACGCAUUUUGCCAAAACAAUUGUGGUGACGGCCGCGGGUACUGGCAAACAAGGGUGUUUUGUAACUUUCCCGCGGUUAAGUUGAAGGCAGGGACAAAGUGAGUCGCGGCUGAAGGACGCUCGCACCGCCCUCCGCGGUUUACGGGAGUCGGUAGCAAACACACCGGGACCGUGACCAAAUUUUUCACCAGUCAAGUUACGCCCGAAAUAUGAAGCGAAAGCCGCAUAAUAAAUAGCAGUUCUUUAAAUAUAAAUUGGAAGGGAAUCUCAGCACUCAGACAAAUGAGAAAACUUACCUAUCUCCGAAAAAGAGCUUUAAAUCGUAUUAUGUACGAAAUUACGAUCCUUUGCGCUGAGUUGUUGUUGAAGAUAAAUAGUAUUCGUGAUUGUGUAAUGUCAGGCUAGAUGAACAUCUAAUUUCACACAGAAAUGUUGAUAAUUUGACGAGGGUACGCUUUGUAUAAAUGCUUAUUUUCUUAAUCUUAGCAAAACAAAUUCUGUUUGUCUAAAACCUUACUAACGCUAGAUUUCUUGAUAGCAUUUAAUUUAAGAAAAAACCGUAGUAAAAUUUGAAUAAAUUGCACAAUUAAAUUUUCUUGAAAGUUUUAUGCUCGUCUUUGAUGCCGGUUUAUGCUUUAUUUCGUAAACUGCCCUUCAGAGAUUAAAUGCGAAUCCGCAAAGAACGGUGCCAGUAGGACUGCGAGUGUUUUUACUGCGUGGAUUUAUAUCAGAUGUACAGGACGGCGGGAGAAUAAUGACCUCGUUUUAAAUGCGUUAUUGCUUAGAAUAAUUUUCAUCAAAAUCCUAUGCGUGUUUUUAUUAAAAAGAAGUUAUCUAGCAGUAUCAGUACUGACAUAACCCUCUCUUUUACAUCUUUGUAACAAUUAGACUAAUUUUUUUCCAAUUUAAAAAGACGUAGUAUGUAGGCUCAAAAGGAUCGAAUUCAUUAAUCUAAUGUCUGACUAGUGCCACCAAUAUGAUGUAUGUUGUGGUAAUGUCACAAGAAUCACUCAUACUAAUGACUUCAAUGCUAUUAGGGAAUGAAGCGAUGUUUCUGUUGUUAUGAUAAUCGAUGGAGCAUUCGUUCUUCGGCUUGAGUGGUGUAGGUGGUUCCUGUAGCCAUGGCGUCUCCAACAAUACUCUUGAAUAAUUUAGUUAAAGAAGAAGGAAAUUGCUACAUCGAUGUUGUAUCGAAGGCCUACCUUUGGAUGGAAGUGUUGUUAGGCCUCAACAGGCUGGUCUUAUCCCUUAAAAUAAAACCGAUUUUUGUUUUAUUGGCAUCUGCGUACAGUAUAUUUUGCUGUGCUAUUGUAUUCUACGACGUGUUCUUUUUUUACCCUUUGUUCAUUGAUCACCUUGAUAUAGGGUUAGAUUCCAUGCACUAUCUAUUCGGUGUCAUAUUGAGUUCAAUAGUUUGGAAACGUUUACAGCAUUAUUAUCUGAAGUUACAGGAUUUUGACACGACGAUCGGUUGCAGACCAAAAAUAUCGUCAUCAUCAGUCAAAAACUUAAUUUCGAUGUGUAUUGCGGUAUCUCUGUCGAUUCUUGUUGUACCGUAUGAAUGGUACAUUUUCGACAAACUUGCCGGUUCACUGAUGCUGUUACCGGUUCGUCUUCUAUUUCUAAUCGAUAUUCAUUUCUACGGACACCUGUUGAGUCUGCUCGUUCCGCGACUCCGACUGAUCAAUUAUUAUAUGAAAAUGUCAUUGAGCCACCACAAUAAAGUGGUAGCACCAAAAAUUGACGAAUUGACAUUCAAGAGUGUUAUUUUGGAGUCUCAAAAUUGUCAAAUGAAGAAACUGAUGGACCUUUAUUGUAUGAUAAUCAACGCGUACGACAUACUCAUUGAUGCUAUCAAGUGGCAGUUUGUAAUGGUGCUAACUGCGUUGUUUAUCUCCAUCCUUAGUUUUUCAUACACCACCGCUUUAAUGGUAAUACGUAGCGAGCCAGACGCCGAUUUCGACGACGAGAUCGCCGAAAUCACGGACGCCGCAACAACCGCUCCCGCCGACGGCUCCCCAAAGCCGGCCCCCGGACGCACCUUCUCGCCGAUCCCGCGGGAAGCUCAGCUCCGACUUACCCCUCUCGAGAAACUGGAUCGGGAUUGCAUCCUAGUGGCUUGGAGGCGUGGCUGGCGGCCUACAUCAGGCUGCAAGGGCACGCCCUGGGAGGACGCAAAGUCUCGCCGCCCACAGACCCGCGACUCCGCGCCCGACCAGGAGCCGCCCCGCAGCCUGCACCCGGCCCUAAAAAGGCCACCACCAGCGACGCAACUCGCACCGAAGCCCCAGUGCCGGGCCCCCAAGCCCCUCAGUCUCAGCCUCGGGCGGGACAUGCGGGACCUUGGCCCAGCACCAGCAACAAGACCUUUCUACAACGUGGCGAUAGAGUCAGCGUUCAACUGCAUUCGGCUAUUUCCGCUGUUUGCUCCGUGCGUCUUCGCCGACCAGAUCCAGGAGGAGGUGCGCCGCUUGAGAGAGCUGUUGGCUUCUAGGCUGUACGAGAACAAACUAAACAAGCCGAGUCGUAGCGUGGCGCGGGCGCUGCUGUCUCUCACAGAGGCACGUGAUUUGUCCUUCUCGCUGCUGCAAAUCUUCGAUAUCGACAUCUCUCUCCCUUUCAAAUUCAUGGGGCUGCUCUUGACUUACCUUAUCAUACUGUUGCAAUUCGAAAAAGUUAUCAACCCUUGAGUGUUAUUGUGAGUUAUUUUGUGUAUUCAGAAUUACUUUUUAAUAAAUAAUGUUUUGUGUGCAAUGUAGUGGUACUUCAUCACAUGACAUUUCAUUUAUUUAGAUUUUAAAAUUGCUAAACCCUCAAGCACAAAAUGCCAUUUUACUUUAUUUCAAUGAAAGCGCUCGUUAAAUGUAAAUUGUAUGAUAAUAUUGGACAUAAAAGCUUCUAAAUUUUAGUCAUUUUACUGGUGAUCAUAUGUUGCAACAAAAGUAACACGACUUUAAUAUAAUUCAAAACUGAAAAACGACGAACCACGACCAUUAAGGGAUAGAACAUACUUGUAAAAAUAAAACUAUAAAAAUAAGUUUUUAACAGCCUAUUUUAAGUAACUGAAUGGCUUCUAAUAGGUGUAGUUAGAAUCACCAAUGUCGUGAGAAAAAUGUUAUACGCAAUCGGGUUAUUUAUUAAUUUCUCAUUUGAUCUGGUUUUAUUAUGUCAUCUAGUAAACCGUUAAUGUCGUCAGAGUUAUGUACUAAACACGACGCCGGCCCCAGUGCGUAGGUAAUCCGCAAUAAUGUGGUACAAUUUAUUGUCAGACUCGUUUGUUCACUACUUUACUGUACUGUAUUUUAUUACUGCCGUAAUUUUAUUACAGCGCUUUUGGGUACCACUUUGUAAUAGGGCGCUGGCGCUGCCGGCACGUCACAUGGUUGCAAAUAUUUUACAGUAAAGUCGGAACAAGCUGACUGUACAUGGUAUUUACAAUGACAAGGUGUGGCUGGCUGAAUCAACUUUUAUUUCUUAGCAAAAUUUGACCUACAUUGACAAAAAGUGAUAUUAAAAAAUUUCGGAUGUUAUGUAAAUAUUUUUUCUUAUUAUAUAAAAACAGAUAAACAAGCGACGUAAUGCAAUAUUUUUUUUAUCAUGAUUUGAUAUUUUAUAACUUGUUUAAGUGACCCAGUGACAAAGCUGUCCCACACUUUUGUAUGGAAAUAAGGGUUUUUACACUGGGUCACCCAAUUUUUUAAUUAAAAUUUGUCGAUUUUUAUUUUGGCCACAUCUGGCAUAUAUACUAAGGAUAUUGUUUCAUUUUGACCAUGUUAAAAUUUACAAAAGUUGAACUAAUAAUGAUUAAAGGCAAUUCUUGCAAAAGACAAGAAAAAGUUGAUUCACGCAUUUGUCAUUAUCAAUGACAAAUUUCUAUAAAUUUGAUGUUAAUAAUGACAUCCCGUCACUUUGUUCUUAUCAAGUCGGUGCAAAGUUAGCUUAAGGCCCGAUUCGAACUUUAAUGUACGUUUCUUCAAACAAAAACGUCACUUUGACACUGGCAUAGGGAUCCAAUCCACAUCGUAUCUUUAGCAAAUUUUCGACGUACCUUAAAGUUCGAAUCGGGCCGUUAGACGGAUUCUACUAUAAUAUUUGAUCAUAAUGUUUGUAUCAUAUCCAAUUAUUAUACAACUCCUGAGGGCCUAAGUAACACAGUAAUGGAGUUGUUCAAUCAUUUAGCAAUGAAAACGCCGAUCAACGCUUGUAUAUUAACUUUUUAGCUAUUAAAAAGGAAUUUAUACCAGAGUUACACAUAUUAAGUACUGAAGCUUCCAUUAGCAUAUAUCUGUUAUAACACUACCUACUACAGCGACACGUUGGAAGAAGUAGUCCGAACUUGUAAUACUUCUAAUGACAUGUUUUGUAGACGAGUUUAUCCCUUGGCACAUCCCUAUGUCUAUAGAUUUCUAUACGCGUUUAAUGAAAACGCCUGUGUCUACACGGUUCGUGCCUAUCCAUUGCGCCACUAACAAUAUACGUAUGUUUAGUUAAACGCGAAGCGAUCGGGAGCGCUUCAUUUGUAUUUUUACAAAUAAAGGUGAGAGUUUUAUCUACACUUAACUAGUGACAAGUAAAAAUCAUUAUUGAUACAAGUAAAUACAGUGGCAGCCGGUGGUGCGUAGUGCUAGUUUCAAACAGGCGUCCAGGUUUAUGUAAAUAAUAUUUAAUAUUUACCAAAAAUUACUUUGGACAAGAACAUCGUACACCUCUAGAUGAGCAUUUCCCAAACUAUGGGUCACGAGCCAUUGGUGGGUCGCCAGCGAAAUUUAAGUGGGCCCUGAAACAUAAGACGACAUGCCGACCGAUCGGGUUAACAGCCGGUACUAAUAAUAAUUCGUGCUUCCUAUUUUUAAGACGGCCAAGAGGCCCCAAGAGGUGGGUCCCGAUAUUGGCAGUUUUUGUUAGGUGGGUCGGAGCCCAGUCAACUUUGGAAACCACUGCUCUAGAUCAUAACUUGGAGAUCAUUUAAGUAAAAGCUCUAAUUCACACUGGGGAAUUGUUGCCAAUUUGACAUAAUAACAUAAUUCGUAACUUUUACAUAUACACAAUAUGCUGCUUCAAUUGGUAUUUUAAGCGUUGCAAUCUAAAACACAGAUUCUUGAUGUACCUAUCAGUUUUUUUUUAAAACAUUUUCGGAAUAUUUUGCCAGUUUUCACUACUUAAACUGCCCGUAACUCAGAAACUAAAAUCGACAAAGUGGGACAUUUUCAGUUGCGACGAAUAGCAGCUUCUCCUUUUUGCCACGUAGGGAACUAACCAGCGAUUGGCGUUACUGUCGCGUGGUCGGGUCGGGACAAGCACGGCGUUUGGGCCAACACACAUACCCACGAUACGACGUCGUAUCGUGAGACGAUGCGACGUCGUCUCACUUUGCGGCGUCGUGCAACGUUACGGCACCGUAACGUGGCGCGAUACGACGUCGUAUCGUGGCACAGUACGAUGUCGUGUCUGGCUAUUAUACGACGUCGUAUGCCGUGGCGGCACCGCGACGUGGAAAUCUACGAUGUGCAUUAGUUGAUAUACGACGAUAUCGUAUAACUCGACCACAAUCCGAAUACGGUUCGAAAGUACCGUUAGCAAAACAAACUAAUAAUUAUACUCAUAUGCCAAUAUAUGAUAAUAUGCUUUCAUACUAAAUGUCCAUACAGUUAUUGACUGAGCAAUCGAAAGCGAGAGAAGCGUCUCCUUUUCAGCUUGGGCAAAUAUGCUUUCUUAUGUACAUAAAUACGCCGUUUGUCUGGCUGCUCGGCGGGUGGCAUUUUUCAAUCGAUUUUCAUGAUAUUUUGGAGCAGCUUCGAUGAUUACAUAUCUAGAUUAUUUUAUAGAUUUCGUUUUUGCACUUUUUUUUAAGUGGUGUGACCAUGGGCGUCGCAAGAUAGCUCGCAGAGGCUAUAGUAGAUAAUGGCAAUGACUAUAAACAGUCACUUCACACAUAUUUUAGCACUUUUAUUGAUAAAUAUUAUGCAUUUUAGGGUUUUGGUCCAAAAAUAUGGUUCCGUACGAAAAACACUUAUGGUGCGACUCAGUCCACCCUUCUGUCUGUCACGUCUUUCUAUAAAAUAUGAAUUGUUAUAUCUCUCAAAAAAACAUGAAUCGUGGAAAACUAUUGAUCGAUAGGUGUCGUUUAAUACAAUUAAUUCAAUAUUUGUGUAAUAGACAACUGUAAAAUUAAUUUGAUAUUUUUGUAAGUAUUUUCAUUGAUCUGCACACUACCAUGGACAAUAUCAUUUCAUGUAUUAAUUAUAAGUGCUUAAUCGUAUUCUAAUCGUGGUUUAAUAAUAUUAUCUACGGCAUAUUACUACCAUGACGUUGAAAAUGUAAAAAAACUAUCGCAGUUAAUCCAGAGAAAAAUAUUGCUACAGAUGUGUUGUUAUUCUGCUGCUCUUACCUCUAAAAAGUUGCAGGAGGUUUACUUACAGUUUACGUCGUAGGUUUUUACGACACGUCGUCGCAACGUUAUACGAUAUCGUAUAGUGCCCACGAUACGACGUCGUAGUUUUCUACGACAUGACGUCGCAACGUUACACGACGUCGCAACAUGACACGACGUCGCAUCGUCCCAGGAUACGACGUCGUAACGUGGUUAUGUGUGUUGGCCCUUUUCUCACGCUAUGUGAAUUAUGUAGCCAAUAGACGUGUUUUAUUA